AUGCAGUCUUCAAUCCUCAUCUUGACCACCCUUCUCAGUCACCUCUGGGCGAUUCCCGUCCCCCUAAGCGCCGACAUGGCAUCUCGCGGUAAGCACUCUCUGUUCAAGCUGGACCAUUCCCUAAUGCACCGCGAUGAAGAACUUCUUCCCCCCAAUCCCAGCAACACGAUGCCUUCGCACACCGGCAAGACGUCUCCGGGAGAGUUCCCCAUGUGCACCGAGGAGAAUACCCCCUUCCCGCCAUUCUGUCUGCCGCACCAUGGAGCCGACGUGACGGUGGACGCCACCUACUAUGUUACCUGGAACGCCGACUUCUACCCGGCGAAUGCGAAAAUCACCAUCGAGUUGCGAUACGCAAACUCGACGCAGGGCGAUUCGGCCUUCACCUCGGGGCAAACCGUCAACAGCUACGGAUAUCUACCGGUGCACAUGCAGAGCGACUGGCUCCAAGGGAAACCCCAGAAUGCACUGACGCUGUAUAUCAUCGAGCUCGAACCCACCUCCGACCAGCGGGCGAGUGCGCGACAGGGCCCGACCAUCAUGCUGCACCCCAAAGCCGUGGAGCACUACCAGCCUCCGCCGCCGCUGCCCAUGAACAAGUUGGCGCUGUACGUGGGGCUUCCACUCAGCCUGGCGGUAGUGGUCCUCGUGGUGGCAGGUCUCUUCUUCGGCAUGCGCGACAGCCGACGGGUCGCUCUGGGAAAUGUCAUGGGGUCCCGACGGUUGGGAAAGUUGACGCAUCGGCGUCGGGACAGCCGCGAAAAGCUCCUAAGAGGCUCGCACGAUCUUCUCCGAAAAUAUACGGGCGAUCAUGAGUCGACGGGGUCGGAUGACAUGUCUGAGAUUGAGCGGACGGCGAGCUACGCCUUUAAGCUGGAUCCGUCGAAGCUGAAGAGUUGGAAGGCGUGA